AUGGCUCACGCCAACCUGUUUACUGAUAUCGAAGAGUUAAAAGCAUGGGCCGGGAAUUUAGAUAUUCUUCAUUUCCCAACAAUCCAGGCUCGGAUUGAAGAUAUGGAGGCCUUGGAAGAGGCACCAAUGGGAAGUCAGGUUAUUGAUGAGGUAAUUUCUGCUCAUCUUCAUGAUUUGAACAAUGCGGACGAUGUUAAAGAGUGGGCUAGUAACAAUCACCUCCAGACUAAUGAAAUGGUGAAGAAAAGAUUAGGGGAACUGAAGGUUUAUCACUGUGAGUACUGCACUCAAGUGUUCAACAAGAGGAGCCAUAUCGCCAGACACAUACAGAAUGUACAUGAAAAGAAAACUUUGCCAUGUAUAAAGUGCGAGAAAAACUUUUCUUCUAAUUAUAACCGACUCCGUCAUCAACCGGUGUGUACCGGACCGAGUUUGAUGAUGCGGACAUACAGCUGCCACAAGUGCAAGGCUACUUUCGUUAAUAUUAAACAGGUGAAACAACAUUCUCGUUUCCACAUAGAUGAAACAGAUCACGCAACGAAAAGGAGACGAGUUAAUGAUACAGAUGGGGAUACAUCAUUUGAAACAACCCCCGGACCAUCUAGCGAUGAGAGAACAUCUUCAUCCAUCCCGACCCCCGGACCUUCUAGCGAUGUGGGAACACAUAUCAACCCAACCCCCGGGACUUCGGAUUCUGCAAAAUCAUAUACAUGUAGAAUGUGUAAGGCGCGCUUUACGAACCGAAAGUCCCUGUAUGUGCAUCAUAUGAGACAUAAACAGGAGGGUUCCGGAUUGAAGCUUCAACCCGUUCCAUUCUCCGAAGAUCAGCUCCGUGGAGGAAAAAUAACGAAACGGAUGAAGCUUUAA